UGAGCUUCCUCUGUAUAGCUCUCUUCAGCUGCAUGAUUCUCUUCAGCUGUAUGGAAUCUACAUCAGAUCACUUUAAGGUGGUUGGUCCAGCUGCUCCACUUGUUGCUGUAGCUGGUGAAGAUCUGGUUCUGCCUUGCUCUAUCCAACCCAGCACCAGUGCUGUGGAUAUGAGAGUAGAGUGGUCCAGAGUAAAUGUGGUGGACUCAUUAGUUCAUCUCUACAAGGAUAAUGAAGACAGAAAUGAAAACCAGGAUCAGUCAUUCAGAGGAAGAACAGCACUGUUCAGAGAGGAGCUUCUAAAAGGCAACACUUCACUCAAACUCUCAGCAGUCCGAGUCUCAGAUGAGGGAGCUUACAAAUGUUUCAUUAAGGACAAAUCCUGGUAUGAUGACAUUACAGUUAAUGUCAUUGUUGAGGUUCUGGGAACUCAGCCAGUGAUCACUAUGGAGGGCUAUGAUAGCUCAGGAGGAAUGAAUCUAGUGUGUGAAUCUAGAGACUGGUAUCCUGAACCUGAGGUUCUGUGGCUGGACAGAGAAGGGGUCACGCUGACUGCUGAAGAUACAGAGACACACAGAGACACUGAGGGCUUCAGAGUGAAACGCAGCAUCACUGUUUAUGAUAGUGACUCCAACAGAUUCUACUGCAGACUUCAACAAAAGCAUCACAUGAGGGAGGCAGAGAUCAUCAUCUCUAGUGAAGUCUUUCAUUUUUGGAAGUCUGCUGUCAUCACCAUUUCAAUAUUAGUACUGGUUAUUUCUGCAGCAUUGAUAGUAGCUGUGGUUAUUUUUCAUCGAAAAGAGGCUGAGAGGAAAAGGCUUCAGGAAGAGGCUGAGAGAAAAAGACUUCAGGAAGAGUCUGGGAGGAAAAGGCUUCAGGAAGAGAUUGACAAGGGAAAGCAGUAUACAGAGCUUGUAAAGAAAAGACAUUAUGCAGUGGAUAUGACUCUGGAUCCUGAUACAGCCUCUCUAUACCUCAAACUGUCUGAGGAUAAAAAAGAAGUGAGAUGUGGACACAAUGAACAGAACCUUCCUGAUAAUCCAAAGAGAUUUGAUUGGUAUUUUAGUGUUCUUGGAAAGGAGGGAUUCUCCUCAGGGAGAUUUUACUAUGAGGUGCAGGUCAGGGGGAAGACAAAGUGGACAUUAGGAGUGGCCAGAGAAUCCAUUAACAGGAAGAAGAAGAUUAUCCUGAGCCCAGAGAAUGGAUUCUGGACUGUGGCUCUGAGGAAAGGUUAUAAAUAUGAGGCUUAUACUGAUCCGUCAGUCCCCCUAAACCUGAAAAAGAAGCUCCAGAAGGUGGGGGUGUUUGUGGAUUAUGAGAAGGGUCUGGUCUCCUUUUAUGAUGUGGAGGCCCCAUCUCAUAUCUACUCUUUCACUGGUCAGACUUUCACUGAAAAACUAUAUCCAUUCUUUUUCCCUGGUAGUACUGAUAAAGAUAAUAACUUAGCUCCACUGAUCAUCUCACCUGUCAGUCACGAUGAAUGAAUAUCUCUUCUCAAAUUUCUAUAUACAGACAGGUAACAAAUGGAAUGGAGGCCUGAAUGGAGAAAUGUGUGGAUCCCUCCAGACAGAUGUACUGAAAGAUGCAAAUAUAGUUUUUUUUCUCAAUUCAUAUGGAACUUUUCUUCAGACUAAGAUCACUGGCCCUCAU